AUUAGCACUAGCACUGUACUACAACUCAAAAUCCAGUAUCAGCAAAUAAAUCUAUAGCUAGCUAGCUAGAAACAGUCCAAAGAAAUCAUAAUGGAAUGCCAUGGCGAUGAUCUGUGCACUCUCCAAGAGCUCAGUGACAGCAAUCUACUAUCGUGCUUAGAAAGUCGCUACAUGCGAGGAAUACAGCAUGCACACAUUGGUAGGAAUGUAUCUCUCUACCUGUCCCCAUCUACCCACACCAUCCCCGUGCAAGCCAACAGACUUGCUGCAAACAUUCUGCACGACCUGAAAAUGCAAGAAGACGAUCAGUGUCUGCUACUCUAUGGCUGCAAGGCUGCACACAAGACUGCUAUAUUCCAGAGUGUGGUUGCCUCUCUCCUCUCUCAAGCCAGCUCCAAACACACAGGCACACUAAUGGCUGCAGUUCAGUUGCUCUCUCUACUGACAAGCCAUGAGGGACUACCCGAGUGUGUGCUCACUACCUCUCUCUAUGUGGACCCUGCUACCAUGGAGACCACUGGAGGGCACUUCUCCUGUAUGCUACUGAACACCAAAACACUGAAUAAUUUCGAGGUGCUGGCACAUAAUGAAGUUGUGAGGGAAAAACUGGAGGAAUUGGGUAUGCCCCUGCCAUUAAGAGACAAUUACCUGGCGCUGAUGAGUGCAGUGAGGCUACUAUUGGAGGGAGGUGAAGCUAGCAGUUACCUAGGAGUGCAACUACACACUGAGUCAGGCACCAUCUUGGCACAACAGCUGUACACCUAUCUUGUGGCUUGGACAGUGAGCUGGUUGAACUCUGAACUUGCCCCACCCCCCACUGAGACCCCCCGUCGAGUGCUGUGUGUGAAUCAGCCUGGAAUGUGGACAGACAGUUACCGUAACACCCUCCCUGACUUGGUGGGCCGCUAUUGCUCAGAGGCACUGCACAACCUCUACUGUCAAAGGCUUUUCGUGUGGGAACAGGAGCAAUACGAAGAGGAAGGUGUGGAGUGGGAGACAGUCCCAGUGGAGUUCAACCAAACACUCAUGGAUACCUUUCACAAGACGGAUGGGUUACUGCAGAGUGUUGGUCUGGACUCCACUCAUGAGCUACUCACUGCGCUCUCCACCACUUGUGAUGGAAGUGGAGACACAUGCUACGAAACAGACUCUGAUACUUUUGUGGUGUCCCACUUUACUGGAGAGCAGAGUUAUGUGGUGACUGAAAAUUGGCCGAGAAUGAAUAAGCUACACUCAGUGUCACAUGACCUGACACGCCUCCUCCGCACCUCUACUAACAGUGUACUCCAAGAUAUCUCAAAGAUGAUGAUGGAGUCUAGUCCUGAUGUUAUUCUGCCUGACCACGCCCACUCUCUGACGAACCGAGCGAGAGACUGUAUGAGUAGAGUGUGCGAGGAGGUGACCUUUUGUCAACCACACUUUGUGCUCACUCUAUGUACUGGAGAAGAGGAGACAGAUAAAAAAUUUGACUCCUCCCACGUGCUGACUCAGCUCCAACACCUUCGUGUUCUGGACACAGCCCUCAUCCAAUCUUGUGGCUACCCCGUCCGAAUAUCACAUGACAAGUUCAUAGACUCGUACUCCCCCCUGCUCAUCUGUAAGAACUCCACCCACUCUCCCUCGGAGACUUGUCGAGCACUCAUCCAGGCCGCCCAGCUAGAGGACUAUCUAGUGGGCUCACAUCAGGUUUUGUUGAAGCCAUGGCAUCUUGGUCAGUUGCAAGUCGCCCUCUCUGUGAUCCACACCUCGGCUAGGAAACUACAGCAGGCGUUUAGACGCAGUUAUACUCGUCGGAAUUCAGACAGGCUGAGGAUGGAGAAGGCUCUCAGUAUGAUCCGGCAACCUGUUAUCUCUGAAGACUCUGAUGAAGACUCUGGCUGCUCCUCCCCUUCCUCAGUCACCUCCAUCCCUCCUGUGGAGAAUGAGCCUCCAUUAUUGACCCUCCCACCGAGCUCCCCAGCCUCGCAGUCACACCCCCCACUCCAUGCACGACCACACCUCUCUCCGCCACAGAUGUCACCGUCACGAGCCUCACCAGCCUCUCCAAAGUCCCCUGCUAAGAGCGGACAUGCAGGAGCUAAAAAGAGGAGCUGGGGGAAAGACGUGCGUACGUCAGGGCCUCAAGCAGCUGCCACGCCCUCUUCUCCUCUGCACAAACACCACUCCUCCUACACUUGGUACCAUGGUAUGAUUUCUCGACCAGCAGCUGAAAAAGCACUCGGAUCCGUCAAGUCCGAUUGUUUUCUGGUUCGAGAGUCACAAAAUCGUGAGGGGGAGCACUCACUGUCACUCACACACAACGGCAAAGUCAAGCACUACAGGAUAGACACAAAGCAAGGGGUAAAGACACGUUACGAGCUGUUUGGAGCCAAAAGAUCGUUUCUGAGACUGAGUGAACUGAUUGAUUACUACUCUGAGCAUUGUCUGUCAGCUGAUGGGGAGCUACUCACCACACCAUGUCCUAAUAAGGACUCCUCCUCUGAUGAUGAUUUCCCCCCUCCACUGCCCCCGCCGCGAAGGAACAACUUCUCAUCAAUCAAAAGACCUCAGCAAUCCAUAAAAAAAUUACACAAGAGACGUAAAUCAAUACAACGGUCAACAACAGUGGGGGAGGAUGAUCAACGAGGCUCCGCCCACCCCUUACUGGGAGCAACACGCCCCCACAGUGUAGACCUGUAUACGGCAGACAUAUCAGACGAGAGCAUAUCACUGUUGCAAAAGGAGCUGGAAAUUGAGGAGAGGAUUAUAGAGGCAGCGAGACGCCUGGCCGACAUUCCUUGUAGCAAGAGGGAGAAACAAAGAAGGAAACAAAGCUUGCAAGAUGCCCAUGGACGUCUCUUAAUGCUGCGUCAGCAAUAUCACACUCUUCAAGAGAGAAGACGUUUCAUAGAGAUGUCAAUGCAGAACAUUACAGAACCCCAUUCUCGGAGAGUAUCGAUGCCCCUACCACCUUUACCACACUGAUACCGUAGCUACAUGUACCUAGUGCUAUAGACAAACUGUGCAGUUUUAUUUUCAUUGAUGUGUGUUGAUGUGUGUUUCAAUGUUUAUUUUAUAAUCAUG